AUUAAUUAAUUGGCUUUCAUAGUAAUAGUGGCAAGGGGCCAGCGGGUGACGUGGAUCAUGCUAUCCCAAAAUGGCUGCCCUCAAGUGCCUUUUCGAAUCGUGGAAGGGAAGCGGGCUCUAACACAUUCCGUCUCAGGAACUCACCAAUCAGGCACCGUCACGCUAUGGAGGGGCGGUGAAUGGAUCCCAUUGCCCCGCCGUCGUACUGCUGCUGACCUGCUUCCUGCUGCUUUACUUCUCAAUUCCUUUGACAACUUCUUUCUCUCAAUCUUUAUUACCCAUUUCUGAUAUUGUCAAUCAAUCAAAAUCACCUCUGCACUUCCAGAGGUUCUUGAUAUCCAUAUCCAAUAUACCUUUCCUGCACCAUUACCCCACAAACCUUCACGUAGUCCAACAUGUCUGGCGCCGCUCACCCUGAUGAUGAGCUCACCCCCGAGCAGACCGCCGGAUUCAAGGUCGGCGAGAAGAAGACAAUCGACGAGUAUCAGCAGCUUGACCAGAACGAUGAGUCCCUCCGCAAGUGGAAAGAGUCACUCGGCCUCGGAACUGGAAAGAGCAUUUCCGACCCCAACGACCCCCGCAAAUGCAUCAUCGAAUCGCUCGGCUUGGAGGUUGAGGGACGACCGGAUAUCAUAAUCGACUUGAAGUCGCCCGGCGCAGUCGAAACACUCAAGGACAAGCCAUUCGUGAUCAAGGAGGGCGCGGAGUUCCGCAUGAAGGUCCAUUUCAAGGUCCAGCACCAGAUCUUGUCUGGAUUGAAGUACCUCCAGGUCGUCAAGCGUGGUCCCAUAAGCAGCAAGCACCAGGAGAUGCUUGGUUCAUAUGGUCCCAGCACAGAGGAGAAGCCUUUCUACGAGAAGAAGUUCGAACCCGAUACUGCCCCAUCCGGCAUGCUCGCACGUGGUCACUACAACGCUACAUCCAAGUUCGUCGACGACGACAACGAGACGCAUCUCAAGUUCGAAUGGUCGUUCGACAUCAAGAAGGACUGGAAAUAGAUGGCAGCGGUGUGAACGGUGAGAGACAGACGAGGGUUAUCAUAACCGGGGGAAGCAUAUGAUUGAUUCAAAAAGCUUGGAGACAGCACGAAUAGAACGCAAGGAAACGGCCUGAAAAUGACGAACUGGAC